CCGCCCGCUCCCUCUCAGCGAGCCUCGCGCCGCCCGGCUUGCCUGGCCCAGUCGGCCGCGGCUGUCUGCGGGGUUUGGCGCCGGGGGCAGAGUCUCUGCUGCCUAAGCCGCUGCCUCAGCCGCCUCAGCCGCCUCAGCCUCGCCUUCCGCCCUCGCUCUCCCUCCGCGCCGCCGGACCCCGUAGCCCCGCGCGCCCCCAGCCCGUCAAGCCAGAUGAUGAACUUCCUGCGGCGCCGGCUGUCGGACAGCAGCUUCAUCGCCAACCUGCCCAACGGCUACAUGACCGACCUGCAGCGGCCCGAGCCCCAGCAGCCGCCGCCGCCCCCCGGCCCGGGCGCGGCCUCGGCCUCGGCUGCGCCCCCGACCGCCUCGCCGGGCCCGGAGCGAAGGCCGCCGCCCGCCUCGGCGCCCGUGCCGCAGCCUGCGCCGCAGCCCGCGCCGACGCCGUCGGUGGGCAGCAGCUUCUUCAGCUCGCUGUCCCAAGCUGUGAAGCAGACCGCCGCCUCGGCUGGCCUGGUGGACGCGCCCGCGCCCGCGCCCGCCGCUGCCAGGAAGGCCAAGGUGCUGCUGGUGGUCGACGAGCCGCACGCCGACUGGGCCAAGUGCUUUCGGGGCAAAAAAGUCCUUGGAGAUUAUGAUAUCAAGGUGGAACAGGCAGAAUUUUCAGAGCUCAACCUGGUGGCCCAUGCAGAUGGCACCUAUGCUGUGGAUAUGCAGGUUCUCCGGAAUGGCACAAAGGUUGUCCGGUCCUUCCGGCCAGACUUCGUGCUCAUCCGGCAGCAUGCAUUUGGCAUGGCGGAGAAUGAGGACUUCCGCCACCUGAUCAUUGGCAUGCAGUAUGCAGGCCUCCCCAGCAUCAACUCACUGGAAUCCAUAUACAACUUCUGUGACAAGCCAUGGGUGUUUGCCCAGCUGGUCGCCAUCUACAAGACACUGGGAGGAGAAAAGUUCCCUCUCAUUGAGCAGACAUACUACCCCAACCACAAAGAGAUGCUGACACUGCCCACGUUCCCUGUGGUGGUGAAGAUUGGCCACGCUCACUCAGGCAUGGGCAAGGUCAAAGUGGAAAACCACUACGACUUCCAGGACAUUGCCAGUGUGGUGGCUCUUACCCAGACCUAUGCCACUGCAGAGCCUUUCAUUGACUCCAAGUAUGACAUCCGGGUCCAGAAGAUCGGCAACAACUACAAGGCUUACAUGAGGACGUCGAUCUCAGGGAACUGGAAGACGAACACUGGCUCUGCAAUGCUGGAGCAGAUCGCCAUGUCAGACAGGUACAAACUGUGGGUGGACACCUGCUCUGAGAUGUUUGGCGGCCUGGACAUCUGUGCCGUCAAAGCUGUACAUGGCAAAGAUGGGAAAGACUACAUUUUUGAGGUCAUGGACUGUAGCAUGCCACUGAUUGGGGAACAUCAAGUAGAGGACAGGCAACUCAUCACCGAACUAGUCAUCAGCAAGAUGAACCAGCUGCUGUCCAGGACUCCUGCCCUGUCUCCUCAGAGACCCCUAACAACCCAGCAGCCACAGAGCGGAACACUUAAGGAUCCGGACUCAAGCAAGACCCCACCUCAGCGGCCACCCCCUCAAGGGGGCCCUGGGCAACCCCAAGGAAUGCAGCCCCCAGGCAAGGUGCUGCCUCCACGCCGGCUCCCCCCUGGACCAUCACUGCCACCUUCCUCCUCUUCCUCCUCCUCUUCCUUCUCCUCGGCUCCUCAGCGGCCGGGCGGCCCCACCACCCACGGAGAUGCACCCUCCAGCAGCAGCUCCCUGGCAGAGGCCCAGCCACCCCUGGCUGCUCCACCACAGAAGCCCCAGCCUCACCCACAGCUCAACAAGUCGCAGUCCCUGACAAAUGCCUUCAGCUUCUCUGAGUCCUCCUUCUUCCGGUCUUCAGCCAAUGAGGAUGAAGCCAAAGCGGAGACCAUCCGGAGCUUGAGGAAGUCCUUUGCCAGCCUCUUUUCAGAUUAGCUCUUCAGACACACGGGGCACCCGGCCCAACCAGGAAAGGCAUUUAAGACAUUCACCAACAACAGUCAGCCAGCUUGGUGGUGAUGUCCCAUGACCUUGAUGUGUGUGGUCCCUUCCUCUGCUCUGUUGUGCUAAGUGAUGUUAUGCAGCCCAGAAAGGACCAUGUGACAGUCUCAGGGCAGGUGCCUACCCAGCAAGGGGUACCUGGCAUCAGAGAGGAAAGAGCUGCUUCCCUGUAGUCACGAGAGCUUCCUUCUGAAGUCAUCGUUUGCUAUAAGUUUAGUGGCCUUAUUGUGACAGCGCCAUCAUGUCUUAUUCUUCCCUGUGAAACCAGGAUUAAUCGUGGACUCCUGGCAGCUUAACCUAGCUCAGUUGCAGUGCUAAGCAUGCCCUGCCUCCAUUCAGUGAUACCUGUUUGGGAAGUGUAUACUUCCCUAAAAGUACUCUUGGCCCUAAGUUUUGGGAACUUUCCCUAUCCUGGAUCCCUUGUCAUACCUGUGUUACUGUUUAAAGCACACCCACCCAACUUACAAGAUCUUAGGCUGCUGUGGUGGUGAAGCACCUUGAGUCUGCUGAUAUUCGGGAGAACAAGGAUCUGCAGUUUCCCGUUUUCUUCCCUCUGAAGAGUGGUUCUUAUGUGCAAUCUGCAGUAACCUUGAACUCCAGAGCUACACUAUAGAGGAGAAUGCAUGCCACUAUGACAGCAGUAUGCCAAGCUUUGUGUUCAUCUCCUAAUAAAUGUUAAGACCUUUGGUGUAAUAAAAGCAGCAGCAUUCACCAACAUUUGAUUCAGCCAUGAGGUCUUGACCCCUUGGCCACCCUUUAGGCUGAGAGAGUGUCCAUGAAGUGUGUGUGUGCUUGAGUGUAGGGAGUGAAGAAUCUAGGUGUGUGAAGCUGUUUGUGUCAGUUUGUGUGUGUGACUGCAGGUGUACAUGUGUUUGCAAGUGUUUGAGAAUGUGUCUGUCCUUUACAUGCCACUUCUGGGCCUCCUGACACCUCCCCAGUGAAUCUCUCUCCUCCAAGACAACUGGCCUUCCUUCAGCAACUCAGCAUUUCUACCUAUAUUAUGGACUUUGUAACCUUUUAAAUAAGCACAGAACCCUUGCUCUUGGAGGAGUCAAUUUAGACUCACUUGCCUGGUCUGUCAUCAAGCUCCUCAGCUGAGGCCCACAUGGUGGUCCCAAUGAGGCCGGACCAACCUGCUCUGAUAACCAGGCUCCCACGGAUCCCAACAAAGCCAUCCUAAAGAGGCCUGCAAUUGAGGGUGGGCUCUGAGGGAUUUCACUCUGGCUGCUUCAUGACUCCCUGAUAUUCAAGUAUAUUUUCCCAAAGACCACAGAUGCUGUGAAGAUAAACACUACAUCUGCACUGAUUAAAAAAAAAAUCCAUAUGUUAAAA